GUUUUUCUUUAUAGGCACAAAUCUGUAACUUACAAAAAAGAUAAUAAAGUUCAUUUCUCAUUAAAUAUAGUAAUUUCUCUCUUUUAUUGUGUGUUUUGUUUGUUGCACAAAAAAAAAAAAUUGUGUGUGUUGUUUGGGAGUGAUGGGUAACUGUUUGUGUAGAUUUGAGCCUUUUAAUCACAAAGUAUCUGCAAACGCUAAGUCAGAAUCACCUAAAGAACAGAGUCCAAGAGAAGAAGUGACGCAUGUUAAAGAAGCUCAAAAGCUGCCAUCAAAUCCAAAAGAAGUAGAGGAUCUAAGACGUGACUCGGCUACGAAUCCUCUGAUAGCUUUCACCUACGAUGAGCUCAAGAACAUCACAGGUAAUUUCAGACAAGACAGAGUUCUCGGUGGUGGUGGAUUUGGAAGUGUCUACAAAGGUUUUAUCAAAGAGGAAUCGGGUGAUCAAGAAGAAGUUCCUAAACCACUCCCUGUGGCCGUUAAAGUUCACGACGGCGAUAAUAGCUUUCAGGGUCACAGAGAAUGGCUGGCAGAGGUGAUAUUCUUAGGGCAGCUUUCACACCCGAACUUAGUGAAGUUAAUUGGUUACUGCUGCGAGGAUAACCACAGGGUACUUAUCUACGAGUACAUGGCUCGUGGUAGCGUGGAGAACAAUCUUUUCUCAAAAGUGUUGCUUCCUCUUUCAUGGGCAAUAAGAAUGAAGAUUGCAUUCGGAGCAGCGAAAGGACUCGCCUUCCUCCACGAAGCAAAGAAACCAGUCAUAUAUCGUGACUUCAAAACCUCCAACAUUCUUCUAGACAUGGAAUACAACGCCAAGUUAUCAGAUUUUGGUCUCGCUAAAGACGGUCCUGUAGGAGAUAAAUCCCACGUCUCCACCCGUAUAAUGGGAACUUACGGCUAUGCAGCUCCUGAAUACAUCAUGACAGGUCAUUUGACGCCGGGGAGUGAUGUGUACAGCUUCGGUGUAGUUCUGUUAGAGCUUCUCACAGGGAGGAAAUCACUAGACAAGUCACGGCCCACGCGUGAGCAAAACCUAAUAGAUUGGGCGCUUCCGUUGCUGAAGGAGAAGAAGAAAGUGAUGAACAUUGUAGACCCGAGAAUGAACUGUGAGUACCCGGUUAAGUCGGUUCAAAAGGCUGCAAUGUUAGCUUACCAUUGCCUUAACCGGAACCCGAAGGCUCGGCCUUUAAUGAGGGACAUUGUGGAUUCUUUGGAGCCUCUUCAGGCCACAGGAGAAGAGGCCUUACUUGUCCCCACUGUUCAGAAAGCAGUUAUUACCAUUAUAGACGAAAUGCCUAAGAAUGGGUUGAAGAAAGUUGAAGAAGUGAACAAGGUUGAAGAGUUUAAGAAGGUUGAAGAGGUGAAGAAGGUUGCUAAAGAUGAUAAUUAACAUUAUAAUUGAUCACUUGGAUUCUUUUGUUUUCUAAAUAGACAAUUUCAAAAGUGAAAACUAGACUGUGUUGUGUGUAUCUUUGACAUAUACAGACUAAGAGAGAUACAUAUGUUUGUGAAUCUUUUUUCCUUUUAUUGAAAUACAGAGCUUUUAACCU